AACCUACUCGCAUCUCAGGCAGGGAAGGAACAGUACUAUAGUGAUACCCCAGGCCAAGCAAGCCCACACGGAGCCCAUCCAUAGCGACACGAAGACGACGCGUAUUAACUUUCUGGUUAAGUCGGCUGCGUUUGAGCAGCAGAGCAGAGACACUCCUCGCGCCGCUGUAGCACAGAGACAGUCAGUCGGUGUACAUAUUCGUCAACUGUUGGACGCGAAGAGAGCUGCAGAGCUGAGCUGUGUAUUAAUUUCUUUCUGUGCUUCGGAGAAGAUCCGGGUUUCCACUUUACUUCUCCGGUGAAUGCGGAGUUUUUUAUUUAUUUUUUUAAUUCGUGGUUAUUUGUGUUAUUUAUUGUGAAAGACAUUCAAUAUUCGUGUUAUAGUUACGUUAUUUUAUUCGGGAAUCGCACAUUUGUUAAGUUUCAGUAUUCGUAAGCAAUCGCAAGUGCCUUAAGUAUUAAUUGUUCAUUUCUGUCGUCUUGUGCAACCUGUUUUGGAUAUUGAAGUCAGGUUUAGCCAGUCCAACAAUAGAAAUAAAGGAAAAGUUUUCCAACUCAAAUCAACAAACAAAACAUCUUUAAGAAGCCUACACCAACACAGACGGAGUGAGUCCGCCAGCAAACAUAUCCACAAUCUACCAACUUCAAUAAUCCGCAUACGUUGUCGUCGUCUCGUCGUCGGCCUUUUCGGAAAACCUUCCAAGAUCCCGCCGACGUCGGUCGUCCAGCGUGUCAGUGAGUGCGAUUGUUAUACAUUUGUGUGUUUUUUUUAUUCACUUCUUUUUCGGCAGAAGAAGACGCAGAGAAAAUCGAAAAGAAAACAACCAGCGAACCAACAAAACAGCACAAGAAGAAAUAAGAGCUCUGUUGGUGGAAUAACAAAAACCUAAAGUGUGCGCGAGAAACAUCCGAAGAGUGAGCCAGUGAGCGCAAUAAAACCUCCCCAGCGGGAGCAGACAUCCAGCCUUGUAAGCUAGAGUGACUUGUUUUUCUGUGUGUUCCCGGAAUAGUGAGUGAGUUGAAAGAGAAGAGAAGAAUCCGCAGCACCGUAAUUUCGACGACGCCCCUAGUAGCAUCCAGCAACUAUUUGGGUUUUAAGUUUUCGUUGUUGCUGUUGUUAACUGUUCACUGUUACAUUUGUCACCGCUCGGACCGAGAUCCCACACCAUCAUUAUUGCCAACGGCAGCCAAACCGCCACAAACUGAACGAGAUGGCAGAUGAUUUGCGGGAUCGCAACGACCCGGAGCUGAAGUAUCUCUCCGUGGAGCGAAAUUCCUUCAACGAUCCGGCCACACAGGCCGAGUGGACACAGAAGCGGCUCGUCUGGGUGCCGCACGAAACACAGGGAUUCGUCGCGGCCAGCAUCAAAGGCGAACGUGGCGAUGAGGUCGAGGUGGAGCUGGCCGAAACGGGCAAGCGCGUCCUUGUGCUCAAGGACGACAUCCAGAAGAUGAACCCGCCCAAAUUCGACAAGGUCGAGGACAUGGCCGAGCUCACCUGUCUGAACGAGGCGUCCGUGCUGCACAACAUCAAGGACCGAUACUACUCCGGGCUGAUCUAUACAUACUCGGGCCUGUUCUGCGUGGUGGUCAACCCGUACAAAAAGCUGCCCAUCUACACCGAGAAGAUCAUGGAAAAGUAUAAAGGCAUCAAACGGCACGAGGUACCGCCACACGUAUUCGCCAUCACAGACACCGCGUACAGAUCGAUGCUGCAAGAUCGAGAAGAUCAGUCCAUCCUCUGUACGGGCGAGUCGGGUGCCGGUAAGACCGAAAACACAAAGAAAGUGAUACAGUAUUUAGCGUACGUGGCAGCCUCCAAACCGAAGGGAUCCGUUGCGCCGUCGCCAGCACUUAUUAUUGGUGGUCACUCAUCAAGCCUAUCGGGAGAACUGGAACAGCAACUCCUGCAAGCCAAUCCCAUCCUGGAAGCCUUCGGUAACGCCAAAACCGUGAAAAACGACAACUCGUCACGAUUCGGUAAAUUCAUCCGGAUAAACUUUGACGCUUCCGGGUACAUCUCCGGUGCCAACAUCGAGACGUACCUGCUCGAGAAGUCCCGUGCCAUUCGCCAAGCGAAAGAUGAACGUACAUUCCACAUAUUCUACCAGCUGCUGGCCGGCGCCUCGCCCGAGCAGCGCGACAAAUUCAUCCUGGACGACAUCAAGACGUACCCGUUCCUGUCCAACGGAAGCCUUCCGGUGCCCGGCGUCGACGAUCACAUCGAGUUCCAGGCCACGGUCAAGAGCAUGCACAUCAUGGGCAUGACCGAGGAGGACUUCAACUCGAUCUUUCGCAUCGUGAGCGCCGUGUUGCUGUUCGGUUCGAUGAAGUUCAAGCAGGAACGCAGCUCGGAUCAGGCCACCCUGCCGGAUAACACCGUUGCACAAAAGAUCGCCCACCUGCUGGGGCUGAGCGUCACGGACAUGACCAAGGCCUUCCUAACGCCUAGGAUCAAGGUGGGUCGUGACUUUGUCACCAAGGCACAAACCAAGGAGCAGGUGGAGUUCGCGGUGGAGGCCAUCGCCAAGGCAUGCUACGAGAAGAUGUUCAAGUGGCUGGUGAAUAGAAUCAAUCGAUCGCUGGAUCGGACGAAGCGUCAAGGUGCUUCGUUCAUCGGUAUUCUCGAUAUGGCUGGUUUCGAAAUCUUCGAGCUGAACUCCUUCGAACAGUUGUGUAUCAACUACACCAACGAAAAACUCCAGCAACUGUUCAACCACACGAUGUUCAUCCUGGAACAGGAAGAAUAUCAACGGGAAGGCAUCGAAUGGAAGUUCAUUGAUUUCGGACUGGAUCUGCAGCCGACGAUCGAUUUGAUCGACAAACCGGGCGGUAUCAUGGCUCUCCUGGACGAAGAGUGCUGGUUCCCGAAGGCCACGGAUAAGACCUUCGUGGAAAAGUUGGCCACCGCCCAUACUAUGCACCCCAAAUUCAUGAAAACCGACUUCCGAGGAGUGGCCGAUUUUGCCGUCGUGCAUUACGCCGGAAAGGUCGACUACUCGGCCACCAAGUGGUUGAUGAAGAACAUGGAUCCUCUGAAUGAGAACAUCGUAUCGCUCCUCCAAGGAUCGCAGGAUCCGUUCGUCGUCCAGAUCUGGAAGGAUGCCGAAAUUGUCGGAAUGGCCCAGCAGGCCCUGACCGAUACCCAGUUCGGAGCCCGUACCCGCAAGGGUAUGUUCCGUACCGUGUCCCAUCUGUACAAGGAACAGCUGGCCAAGCUGAUGGACACCCUCCGCAAUACCAACCCGAACUUUGUCCGUUGUAUCAUUCCGAAUCACGAGAAACGCGCCGGGAAGAUCGAUGCACCUCUGGUACUAGACCAGCUACGUUGCAAUGGUGUCCUGGAAGGUAUCCGUAUUUGUCGCCAAGGUUUCCCAAAUCGUAUCCCGUUCCAGGAAUUCCGGCAGCGUUACGAACUGCUUACUCCGAACGUCAUCCCGAAAGGAUUCAUGGACGGUAAGCGGGCCUGCGAGCAGAUGAUCAAGGCCCUUGAGCUGGACAACAAUCUGUACCGUAUCGGUCAGUCGAAGAUCUUCUUCCGCGCGGGAGUGCUGGCACAUCUGGAAGAGGAACGCGACUACAAGAUCACGGACUUGAUCGUCAACUUCCAGGCGUACUGCCGAGGAUUCCUGGCCCGCCGCAACUAUCAGAAGCGCUUGCAGCAACUGAAUGCCAUAAGAAUUAUCCAGCGUAACUGCGCUGCCUACCUCAAACUGCGCAACUGGCAGUGGUGGAGAUUGUACACCAAGGUCAAGCCAUUGUUGGAAGUUACCAAACAGGAAGAAAAACUGGUCCAGAAGGAAGACGAACUGCGGCAAAUUCGUGAUAAACUAGACAACCUGUCCCGAAGCUCACAGGAGUACGAGAAGAAGUUCCAACAGGCGAUAGAAGAGAAGACGCACUUAGCCGAGCAGUUGCAAGCGGAGAUUGAACUGUGCGCCGAAGCGGAGGAAGGUCGGGCUCGGUUAGCCGCUCGCAAACAAGAACUCGAAGAACUGAUGCAAGAUUUGGAAGCCCGCAUUGAAGAGGAAGAAGAACGCGUCAAUGCCUUGUCCAGUGAGAAGAAGAAGCUUCAGAUCAACAUCCAGGAUCUGGAAGAGCAACUCGAGGAGGAGGAAGCCGCUCGCCAGAAGCUGCAACUUGAGAAAGUUCAGCUGGAUGCCAAGCUGAAGAAAAUGGAAGAAGAUGUGGCCUUAACGGAAGAUCAAAACCAGAAGCUGUUGAAGGAGAAGAAGAUUCUUGAAGAACGUGCCAACGACUUGUCGCAGACUCUCGCCGAAGAGGAAGAAAAGGCCAAGCACCUGGCUAAGCUGAAAGCAAAGCACGAAUCGACGAUUGCCGAGCUGGAAGAACGUCUACUGAAGGACCAUCAACAGCGCCAGGAGUCGGAUCGUAGCAAGCGGAAGAUUGAAACCGAGGUAGCGGACCUGAAGGAGCAGAUCAAUGAACGCCGCAUGCAGAUCGAUGAGAUGCAACAGCAGUUGGUCAAACGGGAGGAGGAGCUAGCUCAGACCCUGGUUCGGAUCGACGAGGAAUCGGCUUCCAAAGCAGCUGCCCAGAAGGCACAGCGCGAACUGGAAUCCCAACUGGCGGAAAUCCAGGAGGAUUUGGAAGCGGAAAAACUGGCUCGCUCCAAGGCCGAGAAGCAGAAGCGCGAUCUGAACGAAGAACUGGAAGCGCUGAAGAACGAACUGCUGGAUUCCUUGGAUACCACUGCAGCUCAACAAGAACUGCGCUCCAAGCGUGAACAGGAAGUGGCCACGCUGAAGAAAACUCUGGAGGAUGAAGCCGCCAACCACGAAGGACAAGUGUCUGACAUGCGCCACAAGCACGCCCAGGAAAUCUCUUCCAUCAACGAGCAGCUGGAAAACCUCAAGAAGGUCAGGGGAGGCCUGGAGAAGGCGAAGCAAACUCUGGAGGCCGAAAAUGCCGAUCUGGCUACCGAGCUGAGGAACGUCAACCAGUCGCGUCAGGAGAACGACCGCCGCCGAAAGCAAGCCGAGGCGCAAGUUGCCGAACUGCAGGUUAAAUUGGCCGAAGUCGACCGGACCCGCAUGGAACUGCAGGAUAAGGUAACCAAGUUGCAGCAGGAGUCGGAGAACAUGACCCAGCAGUUGGACGAGGCCGAACUGAAGGCCUCGGCCGCGAUCAAGAGUGCCAGCAACAUGGAGAGCCAGCUGACGGAGUCGCAGCAACUGCUCGAGGAAGAAACCCGACAAAAGCUGGCGCUGAGCUCCAAGCUGCGGCAGCUAGAGAGCGAAAAGGAAGCUCUUCAGGAGCAGCUCGAAGAGGACGAGGAAGCUAAGAAGAACUACGAGAAGAAAUUGGCCGAGUUGAACUUUACCAUCCAGGAAAUGAAGAAGCGUUCCGAGGAAGAUUCCGAUAUUGCGAAGGAGCUGGAGGAAGCAAAGAAGAAAAUGAACAAGGACAUCGAAGUACUGCAGCGGCAAAUCUUGGAACUGCAAGCCACCAACGAUCGGCUGGACAAGAGCAAAAAGAAGAUCCAAUCGGAGCUGGAGGAUGCCACCAUCGAGCUGGAGACGCAGCGUACCAAGGUGCUUGACCUGGAAAAGAAGCAGAAGAACUUCGACAAAGUUCUCGCCGAGGAGAAGGCCGUCAGCGAGCAGCACGCUCAGGAACGGGAUGCCGCCGAGCGGGAGGCUCGCGAAAAAGAAACCAAGGUGUUGUCGUUGACGCGGGAACUGGACGAAGCAUACGAGAAAAUCGAGGACCUGGAAACGAAACGGAAAGCACUGCAGAACGAGCUGGACGAGUUGGCUAAUACACAGGGAACAGCCGACAAGAACGUGCACGAACUGGAAAAGGCCAAGCGAGCGCUGGAGAGUCAACUGGCAGAGCUGAAGGCACAGAACGAAGAACUCGAAGACGACCUGCAGCUCACCGAGGAUGCCAAGCUCCGAUUGGAGGUCAACAUGCAAGCUUUGCGAGCGCAGUUCGAACGGGACGUGCAGGCCAAGGAGGAGCAAUCCGAAGAGAAGCGGCGUGGUCUAGUGAAGGCUCUCCGCGACCUGGAAGCCGAGCUGGACGAAGAGCGGAAACAACGGGCUGCUGCCGUGGCUGCUAAGAAAAAACUCGAGGGCGACCUGAAGGACAUCGAAGCCACCUUGGAGAUGAACAACAAGGUCAAGGAAGAUGCUCUCAAGCAGGCAAAGAAGCUGCAAGCUCAGUUCAAGGAUGCCGUCCGGGACGCCGAGGAAGCUAAGGCCGCUAAGGAGGAGUUAGCAGCCGUUAGUAAGGAAGCCGAGCGCAAAGCGAAAGCCCUGGAAGCAGAAGUCAUGCAACUGUCGGAGGACUUUGCCAGCUCCGAGCGAGCAAGAAGGGCGGCCGAAGCCGAACGGGACGAACUGCUGGAAGAAAUCAACUCCAACUCGAAUAAGGGCUCCCUGAUGAUCGACGAAAAGCGACGGUUAGAGGCACGAAUUGCCACCCUCGAGGAGGAACUGGAAGAGGAACAGUCCAACGCCGAACUGCUGGUCGACCGCAACCGCAAAGCACAGAUUACCAUCGAACAGCUUACCACAGAACUGGCGGCGGAGAAGUCCAAUUCGCAGAAGUUCGAAAACGUCAAGACCGGCCUGGAACGACAGAACAAGGAACUCAAAGCCAAGCUGUCCGAGCUGGAAACCGCCCAACGCACCAAGGUGAAAGCUGCCAUGGCCAGUCUGGAGGCCAAGAUUGCCAAUCUGGAGGAGCAGCUGGAGAACGAAACAAAGGAACGGCUCGGAGGCCAGAAGGCCAACCGCAAACUGGAGAAGAAGAUCAAGGAACUGACGAUGAACAUCGAGGACGAGAGGCGGCACGCCGACCAGUACAAGGAGCAAAUCGAAAAGAUGAACAACCGCAUGAAGAUCCUGAAGCGAAAUCUCGACGAAGCGGAGGAGGAAAUCCAGAAGGAGAAGACACAGAAACGCAAGGCCCAGCGAGAGUACGAGGACAUGCUUGAGAGUCACGAAGCGCUCACGCGGGAGGUGAACUCGCUUAAAACGAAGCUGAGACGCGGCGGUCUUGGCGUGAGCUCGUCCCGCCUCACCACGCCGAAGCGCGAAAACGACUCGAUGGUCCAGGAUGAGUCGUGCGACGGCGAGGACAACAGCAACUGACGACUGCCGAGUACGUCUUCCAAGUAUCUUUCCAACUUUUAUUAGCCACACGGGAAGAGCAUGUUUGAGACGGUGAGAAGAGAUAAGGUAAGUGAGAAAUGUCUCAGCCACAUCCGCAGCAGCAGCAGCAAAAACCGAGAUUGAGAACGAAUGAGAGCGCGUGUCCUUUUUUUAAACUAUGGGAGUAAUAAAAAAAAUCGAAUGUGCGACAAAAGUUGAGCGAUGCAAAAAAUAACGUGGAAACUUGGUAGGGAAACCCAUUCUUUGUUGUAUUAAAUAUUUGGAUAAAAUCUUAUUGAAGUGGGGAUCGGUUUCUGUAAUAAUGCCUACCCUUUUGCAUGUAUUUAGGAGAAAGUUUAUCGGAAAUAGCAUCAGAGGGCGGGUCGUUUGCCCGCCCAGACGAGAAGAACAGAAGUAAUGCAAAUAAGGAAACGUAUUUAGCGAAUAAGUAUCCAACAUUUUCCUAAAUCAAAAGAACGAGCAACUGAAAAAAAUUGAUUAAAAACUUAAAACAAACCAACAUAGACCGAUCGUUAGAAAACAUUUCAUAAACAAAAUACCAUUUCAUAGAAUCUACCAUUAUACCGGUAAUGUAUCGAACUUACAUAAAUUCAAUCAUUAAUUGGGCGAAAAAAACAUAAAACACAAACACCAACACCCAGCAGCAGCAGAGCAGUAUCAGCGAAAACGAAUGGUGGGACAUAUUUUUACACAAUCAGUAUGUUUUAUGCUUUCAAGAAAUUGGGGUGAAAAAAAGGAAGGAAACAUGAAUAAACAAUUAACAAUUGAACCGAUGAGCAUUUAAAUACGUUUAUAUAUGUUACGAAAAUUUAUUGUUUUUAAUUAUUAUUAUUAAAGAAACUAAUUAAUGCCUAUUUGUCUACUAUUAUUUGUCGUCGUCAUUAAGUUUCCCGCAACUUUUUUCCUCUUUUCUAUUAUUUUUUUUUUCUCGCGCGCGAUUAUGGUCAAGAUUUACUUAUAUUGAAACAAGCAACGCAACAGACACACAUACACACCCUCAGAUACGGCCAACACGAGCAUGAUGCAAUUCCAUUUUAUCUAUAGCACACACAUACCUAUACUAUCAUGGUCCGUUUUUCGAAGAAUAUUACAAAACGAAAAAGUUUCAGAAACAUUCAGGAAAACCCACACAACACACACACGCUGUAUCUGCCUAUAAGUAAUAUGUUCGCUUUUUAUAUUAAUUAACAAGAAGAAACGUCUCUAGUUGAAACAGAAAAUCCGUUAAAUAAUAAUAAAAACUAUUGCUAUUGAAAAUUA